UAGUCCAUUUACACGCUUUCUCUCUCUCUCUCCCUACGCUUGUCUUCUCCAGUUGCUUUUACCUCUCACAUACGUUUCUUUUGCCACUGCAUUUCUUUCAAGUUCUGAUUUUCUUCUCAGCCAUCAAUUCACUCAUCUAAUAAGCCUGUUUUAUUUUCUACAUGCGGAAUUGUCACCAUUUUGAUCGGAAAACCAGAGCUAUUCUUUUACCUUUUUUUGUUUCCCACUCUUCAAUCCAACCUUCAUCAUCUUCUACACUUCUCUCCGAUUUUCAGAGCUGACUUGGUUGUCAUCGCAAAAUCAUGAGUUGUUUCAACAUAAUCAAACGUAAGUGCAAAAGAGGCGGGAAUUCCGCGCCUGAAUUAGGCGCCACCAACAAUUCAGGCGCAAGCACUAAUCGCGCGCCUAAAUCUACUGGUUCUCUGCCGUCUCCCUCCGCUCGGAGUAUACCGGAAAUGUACAGAGAGAGGGAGGGGAGCCUGAGGGUUUUCUCUCUCUCGGAGCUCAGAGAAGCAACCAAUAAUUUCAAUAGACUGCUUAAGAUCGGAGAGGGUGGGUUCGGGAGCGUGUACAAGGGCUCGAUCAAGCCCGCGGAUGGAGGCGACGGCCCUCCCAUCAUUGUUGCCAUCAAGAAGCUCAACACGCAGGGCAUGCAGGGCCAUAAGCAAUGGAUUGCAGAGGUACAAUUCCUUGGAGUGCUAGAUCACCCCAAUCUAGUCAAGCUUUUGGGAUAUUGUGCAGUGGAUGGCGAAAGAGGCAUCCAACGUCUGUUGGUUUAUGAGUACAUGCAAAAUAAAAGCUUGGAAGACCACCUUUUUAGUAAGUCUGUGCCAACGAUUCCUUGGAUAAGGCGACUAAGCAUUAUCCUUGGAGCUGCUCAAGGAAUGGCGUAUCUGCACGAAGGUUUGGAAGUCCAGGUGAUUUAUCGAGAUUUCAAAUCAUCUAAUGUUCUACUGGACACGGACUUCAAUCCCAGACUUUCUGACUUCGGUCUAGCAAGAGAAGGCCCUACAGGAAACCGAACUCAUGUCUCUACUGCACCUGUAGGCACACGUGGAUAUGCUGCUCCAGAAUAUGUUGAGACCGGCCAUUUGUCAGUCAAGAGCGAUAUAUGGAGCUUUGGAGUUGUCCUGUAUGAGAUACUCGCAGGGCGACGGACCUUGGACAGAAACCUCCCAUCAGCAGAACAGAAACUACUAGGAUGGGUGAAACAGUUCCCUGUGGAUGGUAAGAGGUUUAGCAUGAUCAUGGAUCCACGUCUCCAAAACCAAUAUUCCCUACCCACUGCGAGAAGAGUAGCAAAAUUAGCUGAUAGCUGCUUGAACAAGAAUCCAAAAGAUCGGCCAAGUAUGAGUCAAGUAGUGGAGAUCUUGAAGCAAGCACUGGAAGAAUCCCAAAGGAGUUCUUCAGUUCCAACAGACUCCCCUUCACCUUUACCUACUCCGUCUGCCCUGAAAAAGCCAUUCAAAAGAAGCGGAGAUGCUGGUACUUCCAGACAGGUGCCUCAAAUGGCUAAGGCUAAAGGUUGAUUCAUGGAUAUUUUGAUGCAAAAUACAUAAUGAAGAGCAUUUGUUUUCUUGCAUGUAUGUAGAGGUUUAGUCAGUCUCCGUCGAAGUUGAGGGGUUCUACUAGUAAAUACGACAGAAUCUGCCAGUCUGUGCGGCUACAAUUUGCAUUCAUUUUUGUUGCUCAUAUAAUAGAAGAGUGUUAUUAUUAGAAAGUGGGAAGAGAAGAGUUAAGCUCAUUCUUGUAGCAACUACGUCUUUGAUUGAUUGUAAGUAGAUUCAUUAGUAUUUAUUUAUUUUAUUGCCCUGCAA